UGGCAGUGUUGGAUCUGUAUUCUGUAGUUUUUCAUUGCUCAGUCUUUCAAUUCCGUAUUAUUGGAAAAAUAUAAAUAUAUGUACCAAAAAGAAAAGAAAAAAAAAACGAAGUGGUUUCCCCAUGAUAGAAUAACUCUGCAUCCAAAACCAGAAACCUGCCUUCCCCAUCUCUCUCCAUACAUCAAUGGCGAAUCUGUUUUCCGCCAUCUCAACGGUCCAGCCUACACAUACGUAACCGCCCUAUACUCAGCAACUGUCUUGUUGAUCUCAGAUUCUGAUCAUUGGAUUCGAAGAGAGACAAGAUUUAAUUCCAUUCGGAACUUCUGAAGUGGUCGAAUUUUGAAUACCUGCUGUUGCUGCUUUAAUAGCUUUUAGAGGAAUAGUUUUCUGAUCUGGAUUCGGCUUUUGCUUCUAAUUUAGUGGGUGUUGGAGCGCUGAAUCUUGGCUCCGUUGUGUGGUUCUGAUGGUUCCUGAUGAUAGGCUGUCGUAGUCGUGAUCAUUGGGUGUUCAGGUUGAACCAAUAAGUAAUAUUUUUGUGGCUUUAUUCGCUCUAUAAUCGUGGGGCUGGCAGAAUUCGGACAUGAGAAGCCCUUGGUUAAAAAAACUAUCCUCCGUUUUCGGCCCUAGACCACCUCUUAACUGGUUACUCUUGCUUCUUGUCAGCAUCUUUGUGGUGAUAGCUUUGUUGGGGUCUUCUUCUUCUAGUACUUUUGAUUCUGUUUCUUCAUCUGCCAAACCUGAUCUUUAUACAAAUUAUAGAAGGUUAAAGGAUCAAGCAGCUAGUGAUUACUUAGAGCUAAGGAGCAUUUCCCUCGGAGCUUACCAUAUAAAGGAUGUUGGUCUUUGUAGCAAAGAUAAAGAGAACUAUGUGCCUUGCUACAACGUGACUGCAAAUUUACUAGCUGGGUUUAAAGAUGGGGAGGAAUUUGAUCGGCAUUGUGAGAUCUCACGGGAUUUGCAGCAUUGUUUAGUUCGCCCUCCUAAAGACUAUAAGAUUCCUCUGAAUUGGCCAGCAGGCAGGGAUGUCAUCUGGAGUGGAAAUGUGAAAUUAACAAAAGACCAUUUCCUGUCAUCUGGAAGCAUGACAAAAAGGUUAAUGUUAUUAGAGGAGAAUCAGAUUGCUUUUCACUCGGAGGAUGGAGUGGCAGAUGAUGACGUAAAAGAUUACUCUUACCAAAUUGCAAAAAUGAUUGGGUUGGGAAGUGACCAUGAACUUCCUCAAGCUGGUGUGCAUACUGUAUUAGAUGUUGGCUGUGGGUUUGGUAGCUUUGGGGCUCACUUACUCUCCUUGAAUUUGAUGUCCCUGUGUGUAGCAGCAUAUGAGUCUUCAGGUAGCCAGGUCCAAUUAGCACUUGAGAGAGGUCUUCCAGCAAUUAUCGGAAACUUUAUCUCAAAACAGCUUCCGUUUCCUGCAUUGGCAUAUGACAUGGUUCAUUGUGCCCAAUGUGGCAUCCUAUGGGACAUAAAAGAUGGGGUUUUUCUAAUAGAAAUUGACCGGAUACUCAAACCUGGAGGUUAUUUUGUUUUAACCUCACCCUCAAAUCAGCAGCAAGGAAGUUCUAUCAGUACUAAGACCGGAAGUGUAUCAACUCCUUUUGAAGAGUUUACCAAGAAAAUCUGCUGGAAUCUUCUAGCGCAGCAAGGAGAGACUUCCAUCUGGAGGAAGACUCUAGAUCCUCAAUGUGCAUCUAUCAAGCAGAGAAGUGUGCCUGUUUGUAAAGGAGAUGAUUUUCAAACAUAUUAUCACCCCCUUGCUCUUUGUAUUUCUGGGACGACCAGUAACAGAUGGGCUCCAAUCCGUGCUGGAUCUACUUCUUUAAAUGCAAGCGACCUUCUAAUUCAAGGUGUUCAUCCUGACGAUUUCUAUGAGGACUCAGAGUUCUGGAAAUCUUCUUUAAGAGACUAUUGGUCGCUUCUUUCACCCUUGAUUUUCUCUGACCAUCCAAAGAGGCCGGGUGACGAGGACCCCCUGCCUCCAUAUAAUAUGGUUCGCAAUGUGAUGGAUAUGAAUGCACAUUAUGGUGGUUUAAAUGCUGCAUUAUUUGAUGCAAGAAAAUCAGCAUGGGUAAUGAAUGUUGUACCUAUUGGGACUCGAAAUACACUUCCUCUCAUAGUUGACCGCGGUUUUGUAGGUGUUCUACAUAACUGGUGUGAACCCUUUCCGACAUACCCCAGGACAUAUGACAUGCUUCAUGCCAGUGGACUCCUGUCACACCUUAGUUCACAGAGCUGCAGUAUAGUUGAUGUCCUUUUUGAAAUGGACCGUAUUUUGCGGCCUGAGGGCUGGGUUAUUCUCUCCGAUAAAGUGAGCAUUAUAGAGAAGGCGAGAACGCUUGCCACACAGAUCCGUUGGGAAGCUAGAGUAAUUGACCUCCAGAAUGGAAGUGAUCGGCGGCUACUUGUCUGCCAAAAGCCAUUCCUUAAAAAAUAAAAUUCCAAGAGAGCUUAAAUAUGAAAACUGCAGCAAAAAGGUGAUCGAUAAUCCAGGACUUCAUUAACACGGGUAAUGUCUAGAUUUUCGUCCUCUUUUUUGGGAGGCAAGUUUUGUUUUAUUUGAUGAGUUGUGCCAGAAAGGACCAAAAAAGGCCUCACAACUCACAGCCCCUCAACAUGGUGUUUCUAUGGAUGGAGCCCAAGAUGGAAUUAUAUACUCCGUAAUAUAUAUGGGAAAUUGUAGAUUGGAACAUUUAUUCACAAGUUAGCCCCAACACAGCAGAUAGAUGGAAAAAGAAAUUUUUGGUUACUUGUAUUCAUUCAUCCCCUUUUUUCUUUAUUUCCGGUUCAAGGUUAUUUUUUCUUUUGGUUGGUUUUGGAAAUGAAAUGGAUGUUUUUGUGCUGAACACAGUUUGGACUGCAAUAGUCAUCAUAAAUAUAGUGCUCCAGCAUUUCUUCUUUUGAUUGAUUCUUUUAAGUUUUCA